GAGAGUUUUUCUAUGAUCAGAAUAAGUUAUCCAAUUCCCAAUCCAAAGAUUCCAUGGCGACGAAAACAGUUUCAAGUUCUUCAUCUUCAUCAAGGAAGUAUGAUGUAUUUUUGAGUUUCAGAGGUGAUGACACACGUUUGAGUUUCACAGACCAUCUAUACAAGUCUUUGAGUGAUAAAGGAAUUUAUACCUUUAGGGACGAUAAGAAACUUCAAAAAGGGACGGAAGUGGCACCGGAACUUUUGAAAGCAAUUGAAGGAUCAAGAUUUGCAAUUGUCAUUCUUUCCAAAGACUAUGCUUCUUCCACUUGGUGUUUGGUUGAACUUGCAAAGAUUGUUGAAUGUAAGAAAGAACUGGGUCUGAUUGUUCUUCCAGUUUUCUAUCAUGUAGAACCAAAGGAUGUAAAAGAACAAACAGGGGAGUUUGGAGAGGCGUUUGCUAAGCAUUAUAAAACAGAUUCGGAGGAUGAUAUGAGGAAGGUGAAGGAGUGGAGGGAGGCUUUGACUGAAGUAGCCAGCAGUAUAGAAGGAUGGCAUAUCAAAGAAAGGCAUGAGACAGAAGUUAUUGAGGAAAUUGUUAAAGUGGUUGAAAAAGAAUUGAAUCUGACAUUUUCAACUAGUAAUAAUGGCCUUGUUGGAAUGGCUUCUCGCAUAAUGAAAAUGCAUUCCCUAUUGAAUAAUAACCAACUAGAGGUUGUUCUCACGGUAGGGAUAUGGGGUAUGGCAGGGAUUGGCAAAACCACCAUUGCUGAGCAAGUUAAAACAGAGAUUUCCCACAAAUUUGAUGCCAGUGCUUUCAUACCAAAUGUAAGAGAGGAAUUUGAAAAAAAUGGCAUUAUUUAUUUGCAAAAUCUUCUCUACAAAUGCUUGUUAAACCUUGACGGAAACAUACAACAUGUUCAAAUGGGAAGAAAUGCGUUGAGGAACAGAUUAUGCUCCAAAAAGGUGCUUAUCAUUUUGGAUGAUGUUGAUGAAUUGGAACAAAUAGAAGAUUUAGUUGGAAAUGCUGAAGAACAACAUCGUUGGUUGGGUCCAGGGAGUAGAGUCAUUGUGACAACUAAAGAUAAGGACUUGUUGAAAACAUAUGGAGAGAAUAACAUAUAUAAGGUUGGUACUCUAACUCAUGAUGAAGCUCUUCAGCUCUUUUCAAGGAGAGCCUUCAAGAGAAAAUACCCUUUUGAUGAUUUCAUAAAGUUGUCUUACGACUUUGUUGAAUAUGCUAAUCAUCAUCCUUUAGCUCUUAAAGUCUUGGGUUCUUUAUUGUUUGGAAAAAAUGUGGAUCAGUGGUCGGACACGUUAGUUAAACUAAAGAGAAAUCCUGAUAGGAAAGUUACUCGUGUGCUUCAAGUAAGCUAUGAUGGAUUGGAUGAUGAUCAGAAGAAAAUAUUUUUGGACAUAGCAUGUUUCUUCAAAGGAGAGGAGGAAUAUCGUGUGGAAAAAAUAUUAGAAGGUUGCGGACUUUGUCCAAGGACUGAUAUAAGAUUGCUUGUUGAUAAAUCUCUUAUAAAUAUUAUAGGAAAUCGGUUAUGGAUGCAUGAUUUAUUACAACAAUUUGGCCAAUACAUUGUGCAUCGAGAAUUCCCCGAGGAGCCUGGUAAAUACAGCAGGAUAUGGCAUCAUGAGGAUGCCUACAAUGUACUUGUGAAUAAUACGGGAACAGAAGCUGUCCAAGGCAUAUUCCUUUGUUUGCCUAAGAAGGAAAAGCUAAACUUGAGGGUUGACCCAAUUUUACAAAUGAAAAUGCUAAGAUUGUUGAAGUUUCGAAACGUGGAUUUUCCUGAAUGUGUUGGGUGUCUUUCUAAUGAGUUACGACUUCUGGAAUGGCAUGGAUAUCCUCAAAAAUCUAUUCCAUCAAGCUUUUGUCCACGUAAACUUGUUGAACUCAACAUGUCUAGCAGCCACAUUGAGCGACUAUGGAAGGAAACUACACAUGAGUUGGACAUGUUAAUAUCAAUCAAUCUUAGUCACUGCGUGUACUUGAACGAAAUCCCGGACCUCAAUAGGGUCCCCAAUCUUGAAAGGCUGAUUCUUGAAGGUUGCAAAGUACUAUCAAAAGUUCAUUCAUCAAUUGGAGAGCUCAAGAAACUUGUUUUACUAAACUUGAAAGGCUGUGAAUCUCUCAAGAGCAUUUGCCAAGGCAUAAACUUAGGAUCUCUUGAAACUUUUAUUCUAUCGGGAUGCACAAAACUUACCAAGUUUCCAGAAAUUUUGGGAAAUAUGGACCGCUUGUCUGAACUUUAUUUAGAUGGAACUGCUAUAAAAGAGCUUCCAACAUCAAUUGAGCGCUUAAGUGGCCUCACUUUGUUGAAUCUAAGAGAUUGCAAGAAUCUUUUGAAACUUCCAGAUGAACUUUGCAGCUUGACAUCUCUGCAAGCUUUGGAUAUAUCAGAAUGUUCACAUGUUGAGCAACUUCCAGAAAAUAUAGGGAGGUUGGAACAAUUAGAAAAACUUGAUGCAAGUAGAACUGCAAUAAGAGAACCUUCACCCUCCAUUAGACUUCUGAAAAACCUUAAAGUCCUACGUUUUUCUGGAUGUAGUGGUGUGGCACAUAUACCACGGUGGUCUGUCUUCGGUUGCUGUUUGUUGCCAAUGGAAGAAUCCAUCCAGUUCCAGUUACCUCAUUCAUUGUAUGCGCAUUUGACCUCUUUGACAUCAUUAAGCCUAAGAAAAUGCAAUCUACCAAAGGAAGGGAUCGCUGAAGAAAUACAUUGUUUGUCCUCACUCGGCCUUUUAGAUUUAAGCGAAAAUGAUUUUGUGAGCUUACCUGAUACCAUCUCUCAACUUUUUAAUCUUGGGUUUCUUUUUUUGGAGGAUUGUAAAAGGCUUGAAUGGUUGCCAAAACUUCCAUUGAGUUUAAAACAUGCAUAUGUGCAUGGAUGUCCUCUCCUGAAAAAUUCAAAAGAUGAAAUAUGGACUUCUGAUGCGGGAUUCACUUUCAUACAUUAUCAGAACUCAAACCAGUUUGGGGAUUCAGUUAUAUCCAAUCAAGAACUGUUUGAAAUGCUCUACUCCAAAACUCUCGAGGAGAUUAUUUACAGUGGAGAAAUUGAAAAAAUUGGGUUUGACUGUAGAAGAAUUCCUGAGUGGUGGAGUCAAUACGAUAGUGGGUAUUUAACAGGAAUCCGACUACCCUUGAAGGAUACUGGUAAAACAUGGAUGGGAUUUGCCUCAUUUGCUGUAUUUCAAAUUCGGCAUGGUGAAAUGUUGGAUGAAGAUGGGCGGUCAGUUGCUUGUUUUCAUUUCGACACCAAUGAAAGGCAUCUUGGACUUGAGCAUUUUGUCAUGGAUAAUAGCCAGAUUUUAAGGGCUGGAAUAUAUGGAGUCUGGAUCUAUGUUCCACGAACAAAGUUUGAAGAGCAGUUGAACAACGCAUGUUAUGUUACAGUUUCAGUUUCAGCACAUGAAUCGCAUUUAGAGACAUAUAUGUGCGGGAUGCAUAUAGUAUUUAACAAAGAUAUGCCAGACUUCAGUAGAAACAUAGCUCAGAUAUUAAGUAAUGAAAGUACAUUCCUCACAUAUAUAAAUAUAAGAAAACCAAUAAAGGCAGCAAAAUUUGAGACACCUAGGGGUGCCAUAGAAAUUCAAUCCUUCCCACAUAAUCAAGUCAAACAAGAAGACUGCAGAAGAGAAACUGAGUCUGAUUUAUCCAAAAAGACAAGAAGAGAUCUACAAUGGCUGGUACCAAUACUUGUUCAGCGAUGCUAUGCACAUAACUAUUGUUUCGCCUUUCAUUUUUCUCUGAAAGCAUUUCCGACAUGGUUCUUCCAUCACAGUGCGUCUCCCUUCGUAGUUUGUGACCUUCCUAUGAACUUAUUUGGUGAUAAGCCAUGGGUAGGAUUUUGUCUAUAUGUUCUACUCGCUUGGCCUGACAAUUAUGUGAAUUCACAAACCCCACUGCACCUUAAAUUCGAAUUUCUCGUCUAUGGAGAUAAUGGCGAUGUGUUUAGUAUUAAGUAUAAGAUCGCCAUUAAACAUAAACUUUUACUAUUGAACAUGCCCCGAGUUUAUAUGGAAGCAGUGUUGAAUCAAUGUCCAGGAGUAAGGGCUUUGUUUAGAACGAGUAACCCAGAUGUAGAGGUUGAAAUGUGCGGGAUCAGACCAGUAAAUGAGCAAGAUGUGGGAAAUAUAAUUCAACUGAUAACUGGCAUCACGCUAAGUAGCGGUCAUUUUUGCUAUGAAGAAUUUGGUCAGCUUUUUGAAGAAUCCCCUAGUGCAGUUGAAUUUGUUGAGCCCGAAGUAGAGAUACCUAUCGAUUUUGAUUAUUAUGAAAGGCAAGUUUCAUAAAAAUAUUUUUAUUAUGAUAUCCAUUCAUAAAUUCAUGAAUUAAUUCUUUAAGUUUGACAUAAUUUAUAAAUGUGGAAUGUCAUAGGGCAUCCUUGAAAGAGAUUUUAUCAGGUACUAAAUACAACUGUCAAGAAUUCGAUGAGCUUGUGGAAGAUUCCUCGAGUGCAGCUAAAUUUAGUGAGGCACCCAAAGUAGAGAUACAAAGGCAAGUUUACCUACAAAUAUUUUAAUUAAGAUAUACAUUCAUAAAUUGAUAACUUAAUUCUCUAAGCUUGACAUAAUUUCUUAAUGUGGACUGUAAUAGGGAAUCCUUGAAAGAGAUUUUGGCAAGUACAAAACGCAUCCAUCAUUUCCCUUUUACAUCGAGGGAAAAACUGGGAUGGCCUCAUUUAGAAUCUUCCAAUCAAGUAAUUCCAAUAUGCACUCCAAAAGAAUCAAAUCCUAUCUGCAUCAACUUACAGAUAGUGGCAGAGAAUGCACUUAAAGUAAAGGAUCCAAUAAAGUGGCAAAGAAGAAUUGUGGAAUUACUUAAACAACUCAUCAAGUUUGACGUGGUCAUUGCUCUCAUUGUCCAGGGACAUAUCAUAUCUGUUUUGAAGCCUUUUAAUCCUUUCUCAAGCUACAACUUAUGUUUCCCACAGAAGGAGAUUCUGGAUUGGUUUGAAGGUUAUCAGGUUAAAGAGCGAAGCAUGAAAAUUAAAGUACCUCCAAAUCUGAAUGGUGAUAAGAAUUGGAGGGGGAUAGCAGUAUGUGCUUCUUUUUCAAUACAUGAACACCCAACUGCCAUCAUUGACCACAACAGUUUAGAACUCUCUUUCCAAUUAAAAUGCAAUUUGGAGACAGAAGAACAGCGUUUUGAUCUGGCCAAGUUUCUGACCAAUAAGUCCAAAUUCACUUGGUUAUGUAUGCGCAGAUUCAUUUGGUUAACGUACAUACCAAGUAAUGUGUUUGCAGGGCACUUGGAUGAGAAAAACUACUUAAAGAUUGUCAUCUUUAAUGAUUGCCCUGAUGUGGUUGCAAGGAGUCUAGGCGCUCGUUUUUUAUACCAGCAAGAUGUGGAACAGCUUGAACAAUCAAUAGCCAAAUGCACAACCUCAUUCUUUGACAACUUGGAUCCUAUUCGUCAAAUUAUGGCUCAUCUUGAAUGCUUAGUUAUUGAUGACAAAAAUCGCCCUGAAGGAUUUUUCCACUUUAACCAUGGUUGUUUGCACCAUUUGGCUGAGAUAGCUACAUAUCGUGGCUUUAAAAAUGAAAGCCCAUCUCUUGCAGCUAUGACAGAAUCAAUUUACCCAAUAAAAAGUGAACUGGAAUUUGAUCGAGGCAUGAUAUAUGAUUCUUGUUUCCCUCCUAUCGAAAUUCUAGACUGGGUCGGACAUCACAGUAGUGGCUCUUCAGUGAGAAUUCAGCUACCAUCGAAUGUACAUAGUGAUGAUAACUUUCUCGGACUGGUUUUGUGUGCAUAUUUUUCAGGCCUCCAACAUCAAGAAAUUCCUCACAAUCUUACUUGCCAAAUGAAAACUGAGAAGGUUGGUCUAGAAUCUCAGCAUGAAUAUCAAAUAACCAAUCAGCAAUUGAAGAAGUUAAGUGGCGGAGAAUUCAUAUGGGUGUCCUACAUACCACGUCUAUGGUUUUCGGAUCAGUUGAAUUGCUGCAGUGUCAUUGUGGUUUCGUUUGAAAGUAAUAUACAGGAGCUCUCUGCUUACAAGUGUGGUGUUCGUCUUCUAUACCAGCAUGAUGAGGAAGAGUUUAAGCAGACGAUAAACCACUGCAUGUUCUUAUUUUCCGACAGCAUAUCAGAAUCAAACAGCUUUACUCGAGAAGCCUCAACAAGAGAAACUAAGAGAAUGGCCAAACAACGAGAAGCAGAAUAUAAAGGUAAAGGAGUUCAGCAAUAACGUCUCUGCCUCUCCCCUUUAUCACAAUCAGGCAGCUGAUCAUUACAUAUUCAGAGUCCUGUGAUCUCCAGCUCCUCUCUCACAGUGUCGUACAUUCACUAUAGUAUGUGAUUCUCUAUUUGCAUUUGAUUAUAUAAUCAAAAGUUUGUGCUGUGCUGCUUAAUUGUUUGACUGCAAGGUGCUUAAUUAGGAAAGAGAUUAAGCUUGUCAAGUUUCUCUACAGCUCCUUAAUUAGUCUGUUCAUUAUUUAUUUCUCAGCGUUGAUUAGAUGUGAAAAGCUGAAACUUUUGAGUCAUCCUUGCAUCAUGUAAUUUCAACUUGAGAUGGCUUUGGCAUUUAUCUUGUAGUUUUAGACUUACUGGUUUUGCUCCAGUUGCGUUUUACU